UGGUGUGGAUGUGCAGUGUUGUGUUGCCAGGAUCCAGACCGGUUGAACCUGUUCUGAUAGGAGAGCCGGGCUGCUACUGAGGUUGCGCCGUCGGGAGCCACUACUUUCUCAACAUUUCGGUGUGCUACGCCCCAAACUACGGGAGAAAAACACACACUUAGCUGUUGCUACCUACUCCCUGCCGAGGCUGCUGCUGUCGGGAUUCGUACGCGGACAUUCCUGAGCUCACACGGUCCGAGAAACAACAACCGAAGCGUUAUUUUACACCGCAUUUUCCCCGUACCGAGGGGUCUCUCCGACCGAGGCAAGAAUACCACAAAACGUUAAAAGGCCGCCGCUGGAGAGAAACCCCUCGCCGGAGAAGCUAUCUGUGUGUCUGGAGCGAGGAGCUAGCGACUAUAAAGCACAGUCAGGCCGGUUCGCUGUCUGCUCCGUUUGCGGCUGUUUUCACGUCGUAUUACGGUGGUACAACAAAGGCAGUCGAGCGAGGACCGUGAUUUCCUUCUCCGCCGGGCCAUGCGAGGAUCUUCGUAGGAGAAUGUGUCUUCUCCCGGCGUUAGCUCAGCCGCGGCUCCAUGGCCAACAGUAACAACAUGCUCCUGGCCUCUGCCGUGGUGGUGUGGGAAUGGCUCAACGAACACGGCCGGUGGCGGCCCUACGGCCCCGCCGUCUCCCACCAGAUAGAGGCGGCCAUCAGGAGCAGCGACCCCCGCGGAGGGAGCGUGGUGCUCGGCCAGGUGGACAGCCGGCUCUCGCCGUACAUCAUAGAUCUCCAGUCCAUGCACCAGUUCAGACAGGACACAGGAACCAUCCGUCCAGUGCGGAGGAGUUUCUAUGACCCAGCCUCGGCUCCGGGUCAGGGUUGGCAGUGGGAGUGGGAAAACGACACGGGUACGUGGACGCCCUACGACAUGGAGGUGGCCAUUGCCAUCGAGAACGCCCACAACCGCCAGCAGCCCUGCCUCGACCUGACACCACUCGGCUUUUGCUACCUCAUUGAUUACCAGAACAUGACACAGGUGAACAGACAGAGCCAGAGGUGUCGGAGGAUCCAGAGACGCGCUGACAUGGCCUACCCUUUGGUGUCUGGUCCUCUCCCGGUACCCAAAGGAGGAGGUGUAGGAGCAGGUGGAGGCUUAACAGGAGCCCUGCUGGGUGUUGGGGUGUCGGGGACCAGCUUGGGGAUCGGAAGCUCUGUCUACCCCAAUGGGGGCUUACCAGCGACUGGACUGGGCCAGCCUUGUUCCUGCCAACAGUGCAUGCUGGUCCUUAGUGUGAAGACCAACACAGUAGGAGCAGGGGGAGGAGGAGCAGGGAUACAGACUCUAGGUAGACGCUCACUAACGAUGCAGCGGCCCAAGAACUCAGUACUUGCCGUCUCCAAACCUCUGAGUCCAUCAAAGUCAGCCACUCUGGGACGAGGACAGCAGCAGAACUCCAACUCUAACUCCAACUACUAUCAGACGCUGCCACACGGCCUCGCCAUCUCCAGAAACAUUGCCUCCCCGCGAAGGAACGCUCAGCUCUUCGCUCAGUCUCUGGCCGCCCUCACCGCUGGCACCUCCUCCAUGGGCAUCUCAUCUUUCAACAGGCCGCCUCCGCCGUCCCUCCCACCGCCUCAGCCUCCAUCAUCCAACCCGAAUCUGAAUCCCCCGUCCGUCCCUGCCAAACACUCCUCCUCAUCGUCAGCCAGCGAAUCAGUGCCAACCGCCACGCUAAUUUCCCCUGCCAACAGCGUGACCACGCCCCCCUCUCCUGUGCCCUCUCCGUCGCCAGUGGUGAUGAAGCCACAGCGCACACCGUCGUCCGCUGCAACCAUGUGCCAUGCCCCGUUGCCACAGAGAUCAAGCUUAGCUGGGCUGAGCAGACCAGCGCUGCAGAGGAUUGCAAUGGCCCAGUCCAGAGCGCUCAUAGCAUCAGGUGUGCCCACCGUCCCAGUGAAGAACCUCAAUGGAUCCAGUCCUGUUCACCCUGCACUGGCCGGGAUCACGGGUAUCCUGAUGAGUGCUGCCGCUCUGCCCGUGUGUCUGACCAGGCCUCCUAAACUCGUGCUGCACCCUCCACCUGUCAGCAAGAGUGACAUCAAACCGGUGCCAGGCUUUGGCCACUGCUGCAGAAAAACCACAAAGAAACAGGCCCGCAAGGGUAAAACUCCAGAGGAGGUGGUAAAGAAGUACCUGCAGAAAGUAAAAAGCCCACCAGAGGAGGACUGUACCAUCUGUAUGGAGCCGUUGGGGGGUCCGUCAGGAUACAAGGGUCCAGGGGUGGGGCCCGUGUCUCGGGCGGAGUCAGUCGGGCGACUAGCACAGUGUGGGCACCAGUACCAUUUCCAGUGUCUGGUGGCGAUGUAUAAUAACGGCAACAAGGACGGCAGUCUUCAGUGCCCCACCUGUAAAGCCAUCUACGGCGUCAAGACAGGCAACCAACCGGCAGGGAAGAUGGAGUACCACGUCAUCCCUCACUCUCUACCAGGGCAUCCUGACUGCAAAACCGUACGCAUCAUCUACAACAUACCACCAGGCAUUCAGGGACCAGAGCAUCCGAACCCAGGAAAGCCCUUCACUGCCAGAGGCUUUCCCCGACACUGCUACCUCCCAGACAGCGAGAAAGGACGCAAGGUACUGAGACUGCUCCUGGUGGCGUGGGACCGCAGGUUGAUCUUCUCAGUUGGUACUUCGAGCACUACAGGAGAGUCUGACACCGUCAUCUGGAACGAGGUCCACCACAAGACCGAGUUUGGCUCCAACCUGACGGGACACGGCUUCCCCGACCCCGGACACCUCGACAACGUCCUGGAAGAGCUCCGGGCUCAGGGCAUCACAGAGGACGACGGACUGAUGGAAAAGUGAAAGGACAGCGACCUUGGUGGGCAGCGUAGAAAACAGGAGACAUCCGUGUGAGAUGAGUGAAGGGUGACAGGGAGGACGAGGAGUAGAGGAAGGGACUGACCAUGAAAAUAAAAAGUGGGAGGAGGUCCUAGACUGAGACACACUCUCUCUGCCAGCACUUAAAUGGGGUGCAGGGGGACGUUUCGGGUUGUAGGAGACACAGAUUUUGUUUUGCCGAGGUAACCACUUUUCAAGAUGUUGAUCGAGUCACUGCGGGGUCCGCCUGUCAACGCGAGUCCGUCCAAACUUCACAGUUUUAGAGCAAGCACAUCAGCAGAAGUAGGAGGGAGUCUGAGGAAGCUGCAGCACAGAAAGAAAGGCAACGCAGGGGAGGAGGAGGAGGAGGAGGCUAAGACACCAGCAGCGAGAACGGUGGCACUCAAGGUUUUAACUACUGAACAGCUAGGUACUAAAUGUAAGUGAGAAUGAAUCGGUACUAAUACAUAGGUCAAAACAAGUUUACUUUACUGAGAGAACGAGUAGCCAGGUAAAGACGGUACGAUUUUAGAGCAGUUCAUUGAAAACUGGGAGAGAAAGGACAAAGAGAGAAAGAAGUUGGAGAGGUGGGGGGAGGGGACAGGAGAAGGAGAGCAGGAAUGAUGUAGCAGAAAGAGAGAAAGAUGGUGAAUGUAGCCUAGGGUAGGAGUAUAGUAAAACUAACUUGUAUGGUACUUAACAGGUACUUUAGCUAUCACUAAAAACACGAGGAAACCAAGAGUGACGAGGGGAAAGAGAGAGACAGAUGGAUUGUGUGCUUGCUUUAUUCAAACCACCUGCUUGUCUGUGGUUGAAGUUUAGUGCUGUUGCUCCCUCUUGUGGUGAUACCGAUGAACUACACCUCAACCUGCAAGCUCCUGGAACAAAUCCAAACGUUACUAUCAGUUAUCUACCUUUUUUUAUCGUCGUUACUAUAAUCCUCAUUUAACGUCAUUCCAUACUUUACCUCUUACUUUUGACUCGAUGGGUUUUUAUAUGACCUAGGCUCUGUAUGUUUGAUUGUGUGUGAAAUGACAAAAGACCAAACUAAGGCCUAACCAUUUGGGCCUAUUUGGAGUCUUACUAUUGAGCCACUGUGGUACAAGUUAACCUUAGAUACACAGGUACCAGUAUUUACUUACAUAUCUUUAUUUUAUGUUUAUUUUUUGUCCCUUUUUGACGGUUCAUAUGGUCUCAGUGGAUGUGAACGCUGUUGUAUCCUGUCACGAUUUGAAUAAAAACCUGAUGAAGAUGA